UAUGAAUGGUACGAAUCAAACUUACUAUAGGUAACGCUGCGGGUGCUGCGUGACAGAUGGGCCUUGUUCGUGUGGAUGUUUUAAGCUGUGUGACAAUCCAGAACAUAAUGACGCCGUGUAAAUGAUAGUCAAGACUGAAGAAAAUAGAAUUUAUAGUCAUCUUAUCAAUCCUGAGGCGGUGUCGUUGGGAUGUCCUUUGGGAUGAGUCUAAUAUACGUUCCAGCGGCUGUUUAUCAGCCAUUAAAGCGAGAAACACAUCCAUCGUGUCUAGUACCACCGUGCAGCCUUCCCAGAACCGUCUGCGGCACCGAGCAACAAAUGGCAUUACUGGGAGGGAGGCGCAGGGCUGGGCGAUUAGGUGAGGUAAUGGGUGCGGGCGUGGAGGAGUAGCGUGGCAAGGCAGUGGGCGGGGCGAGGCAGUGUGAAAUGCACCAUGGCAGAGAGUGGACACGAGACGCACGCUGAUUAACUCGUCAUCCCUCGCUUCUACACGACUGUAACAGGUGAGCACCCUGGCGUGUCCUCGUGCCCUGAUUGUCGGUGUUUUAGGAUUUCCUCCUUUUGUUUAUCAAGAUCAUUUAGUGAUAGUGAUGAACCUGUAUGGUAGUAAUUGUCAUAUUCUCGUUGAUUUGUGCAUCUGGGUGCUAGUGAGAUGUCUUGUCAGGUGUGGUCGGCGUUGGUGGCGGGAGUGCAAGCAUCUGUCAACACCAGGAUUCGUGAAUCAAACAAAUACCAUGGCGCCUCACUUUUCGACGGGAGGCCGGGCAAGGCUACGGAAGGUGAGUACAAUGCAUGCACCUCCCCUAUCACUAGUCUCAAUUCUGCCUGUGUUCAGAGCCCUUGCUGCCACAUUUCAAGAAUCACGACUCUCUUCCUGCAGGUGAAAAAGCCUGAAGCGGAGCGGCGGAGGCGGGCCCGCAUGGCACUGGCGGUGGAGAGGCUGCGACUGUUGCUGAUGGAGGGAGGCGCCGCUCCUCUCCCUCCGGUUCCUUGCACACCUCCGCACCUCCAUCACCUUGCCCUUACGCCCAGGCGAGGCGCGUGGCAGCGGCUGGAGAAGGUGGUGGUGCUGGAACUGACGGUGGCUCAUUUGCGGCGUUUGGCCGCCCACCACCCGGGGGACGGCGGCCGGCAGCAGUUCCGUGAGGGUUAUCGGCGGUGCCAGGAGGAGGUGAUGAGAUUUUUGGGGCGCACCGCGGCACUCCAGUCCCACAUGGCCGCCAGACUGCGGCACCAUAUGAUCCCAUUCACCACUGCCUCACGGGGCAGCCACCCAUCUCCAGACUUGGUUAAAGUGACCAAAGUGACCACGGGCCUGAACACCCCUACCCCUGUCCCAGAUAGCCCCCACACUGCUCCAGAGGAUGCCAAUCCACCUCUCCCUACAGUUAACAAAUCACUGCAAUCCCACUCGGACUCUGUGGAGAUGACUCCACUUCAGUGUCCUUUUUCUAACCUUGCUCCGCCCCCCCGCGCGCCCUAUGCCAACAUGCACUGGAAAAAGUGUCUCAGGACUUCAUCCCGGACCUAUUUUUGGAGACCUUGGUGACUCCCAACACGCGUGAGUGUUUCUAAAGACCUUAGGUCACAGCAAUGAUUGCCGGGUGUCACAUCAUCAUAUCAGCACAUCGCUGCUAUCUAUAUACAGUGGCGGCUCGUCCAUAGGAGUUGCAGAGCUGCGGUGUCCCCCCACCCCUCCCUAGUCUAAACACUCACUGCCAAGUGUAUGACUAUCAAUCUCACACUAGAAUAAUACGCAAAUAAAAAUUGUCACAACAAAAAGUCCUUUUAUGUUACGUUUUAUCGAAAUAUUUAUAACUAAAUUUUGAACAUUUAUAAUAAUACGAGA